UGAGGACAUUCCUCUCAGUCCCUUCGCAUCCUGGGCAACAAGAAAUAGUUGUACGACUAUAGGGUGUAGCAUGGAGACAUCGAGGAGGAAGGGAAAAAAUAACUUAGAUUAUAAUAAAUGCUUUUGGGGACAGAAAAAAUGGUUAGAAUAAAAAGCGGUCACUUGUCGUUUCACCUGUUUUUAUAAAAAAGGAUGUUCGUCAGUACGAAGAAAUUUGAUGAACAUCAUUAUGCCAUGCAAGCUUCUGGCCUCCAGUUGAUAUGAAUAGGACUUUCAAUUAUUGCGUGGUUGCCCCGAGCUUUGACAGAGGAAGUUGUUUCAUUUCCUUUUGCGAUGCUUAGCUUUUACUUUGCAUUUUCACUAUUAGCUACCGGAUAUUGAAAGAAAGCAUAAUCAAGUUUAGAGUUAUGUACCAUUUUUUACCUCAAGAAAAGGGACCGUGUCAGUUCAGUUUAGACCUCGUGAAUUAUUUUUAAGACUGCCAAGAUUGCGGUCUGAUAAAAGGCGCCAGCUGAAAACUGAAGUAAUCGGAACCUUUCGGGCUAGAUUACAACGUGCUUCAAUCGAUGUCAAAAUCAUUAGGUGGUUUACCUAAAUGUUUAAAAUGAAAUAUUUAAUAAAGUGAAAACAAAAUAUGAAUUUUUUGUAGGAUAAAAAGAAAGAAAAACUGUAGAUUUGGCUAUGAAAUACCGUUUCUUGAUAUUUUUUAACAGUAUUUUAGUGUACUUAUUGUCUGCCAAAGUGUAAUCGAUGUUUUUGUCAUUCUUUCACCAGUCUUUAUGUCCCCGCCUUGUGUUCCACACCUGACAUGCCAAUCAGAACUUUAUGUAAAUUUUGGCAUUUCAUUGACAAUUUUAAAUGCAAUCUAUAGAAAAAAUGGCUCAUGGCAAACUAAAUCGGAGUAUCAUAAAAACGUGCAGGUUGUAAUAACUCUUACAAUAGAAUAUUGUUCUUGAAUUCUAUGACAUUACGAUUAAAAAAUGAUAUUUAGACUAAUGUUGGGUUGAAUUUCAAUCCGGAAAUGUGAGGGCCGCUAUGGAAAUUUAAAUCUUCGUCACAGGACGUAGGUGUAAUGUAAGGGAAGUCGUCAUACAUGUUUGAAAUUUAUCAAAGAAAACUUCUAUAGGAAAUGCAAACAAAGGCGCCUUCUUUCCUGGAAUGCCGUUUACUUGUAAAUAAUUAAAACUAAUAGUAAAACAAUCGAUGUGGUCAAGAAAAGGUUCUUCGUCUUCAUCUAAGUGGAAUUUUGUUCAUGAAAACACACAUUUCAUGUUUGAUUCACAUAUUUUCACCUGAUUAUUGUCUCAUUGAUUAGCGGAGUUUGGGAGAUAUUUGUUAGAGAUGAUCUACCGUAUGCAGGAGCAGCAAGAUUUCAAGCUAUAUCUGUAGACAAGCUCGCUAAAGGAACAUUUGGCAGCUGUUGAUCGUAAGUAGAAUAGUAAAAUGAACUUUAAAAAGUUUUACCUUCUUACAGUCAUGUUUACUUGACGACAAUUUCUGUUUUUUAUCACGAAGAGUUCAGUCUUAUUUCAUUUCGGAACUGUGCAUUCAAAGGGAGCCAUCAGCAACAUCUACCACACUAAAUUACUAGAAGAGCGUUUUCGGUCUUAUGGUUCUGUAUUGUAACAUAAUCAAUUCUAAAUUUAAUAAGAACUUACCGCCGUUAUUUCCUUUGAAAAAUUAAACAGGAACAACCACAAACGCAAUUCACUAGAAAAGAUAAAUCAACAUGCAAUCGCAAAUGUUCGUAGGAAAGAUGGGGACGGAAAUUUCACUCGUUCCGAUGUUGACAAUCACUGAUUUUCGAUUUACAUUUUAGUAAAGCGUCCUCGUCUUAUGGAACGGAUAUCAAGUCCUCCACUUAGCUUAUAAGUAAAACUUUCUAUUGCAUAAUUCUCUGAAGGUGUAUUAGCAUGAAUUUGUGGGUGUUUUUUCAUUUCUUACUCUCGUUCCUCAUUCACGCACAAUCACAACCUGUUAAGUCACCAUUGUAUAUUGGGUCUAUGGCUCCCUUGACUGGCAGGCGUGCUUGGUGGGGCGCAGGAAUCACAGCUGCAAUGCGAAUGGCUUUUGAUUACAUCAACAAGGACUCUGACAUUUUACCGGGGUAUGAAUUGAAAUUGUUGGCGAACGACACGAAGGGAGAAACUGGUUUAGGCAACAAAAUUCUUUAUGGUUACAUCAAAGAAGGGAGACCUUUAAUUGUCUUAGGGCCCGGCAGAUCCAACGUUGCCCUGUCCGUGGCAGAUACUGCCAAAUACUGGAAAAUGAUUCAGAUUUCAGCUUCAGCUGAGAGUGGAGACCUUUCCGACUCUGUGACGUAUCCUUACUUUUUUCGCACAAUUCCCUCCUUGUCCUCAUCCAAAUCCACUUUUGUGGCUCUUGCGAAGGCAUUUGGUUGGAAGCGAGUAUCGAUCCUGUUUUAUAGCAGGGAUAUGUAUAUAAAGGCUGCUACCAAUCUUAAGGAAGAAUGCGAAAGAAAUAACAUCACUGUGUUGUCAUACGGAAGCUUCAGGGACAUCAAUGAUGCCGAGAACCAAUUGAGGCACAUCAAGCAUCUUGAUGCGAGAAUCUUUUUUGCAUUCCUGCAGAAGACGACGGACGUAAUGUGUUUGAUUUAUAAGUACAACCUUUACGGUAAUAAAUACGGAUGGGUAAUACAUACUCCUGAUUCACGGGGAUGGUGGAAAAGAACCUUCCCAGACACUGGUUGUUCUGAACAACAAGUAAACACAGCAGCAGAGUACUCCAUAACUGUUGACCAUCUUUACAUAACCAAAGAUAAUGUGUCCUCCAUAUCUGGUUUGACUCCUCAACAGUUUUCCAAGGUGUAUGAAGAGUUUGCAAAUAACACAAAAGUAAAGACGUCACUUUAUGGACCGUUCGGUUUCGACGCUGCCUGGCUGGUGGCACUUGCAUUAAAAACAUCCAUCGAAAAACUGUCCGAAUCCCAAUUGUUGAACAUCCAGGAUUUUGCAGAAAAUAAUGAAUCUGAAAUUGUUAAAGAGAGUCUCCUGACGACCAGAUUUAAAGGGGUGACGGGCGAAGUUCGACUUGGGAGCAAUGGGGAUAGGGCAGGGAAAUUUGAAGUUUUUCAACUUAGAGGAAGCGCUCUCGAUUCCAUUGCCUUUCACGACGCUACAAAACCUGAUCUUCUCUCUUUCUACAAUGAAAUGGAGUUUAAGUGGAGAACAGAUGGUGAAGCCCCUCGUGACCACGUUCUCUUUGAGAACAAACUGAUCCAUUUAUCGGAGGGGAAUUUUAUCGUUAUGUGUGUUGUAGCUAGCGUGGGGAUUUUUGUCUGCUUUGGAUUUCUCUACUUUAAUGUUGCCAAUAGACAUAUAAGGUUCAUCAAGAUGUCCAGUCCUAACAUCAACAAUGCAAUUAUUGUUGGUUGCAUCUUAGCCUAUGUUUCUGUUUUCCUCUUCGCCAUAGAUGGAGAACGUCUUACCAGCUACAUUUGCAACGCCAAAGUUAUAACCUUGGAUAUCGGUUUCACAGUCGCUUUUGGUUCAAUGUUCUCUAAGACAUGGCGUGUCCACAGAAUCACAAGAAAAAUCAGAGUACGAAGACGGGUGAUUAAAGACAUCCACUUAUUUGGAAUGAUCUUUGUGUUCCUGUUUGUCGACAUAGUUAUUAUCCUUAUUUGGUCGGUUGUGGAUCCCUUGCGAAAGGAUAAGAAGUACCUCUACGACCAGACAGUUCAUGAGCACAAUGUAGACGUCAUUGAGAGGCCUAUGAUUUACUACUGUACCAUGAACCGAGCUGUUACAUGGUUGCUUCUGGUGUACGGUUUCAAAGGAAUUCUUCUCAUCUUCGGGUCGUUUUUAGCGUGGGAGACUCGUAAAGUCAAGAUAGCCGCACUGAAUGACUCCCAUCAUAUAGGUAUGGCUGUGUACAACGUGUUUAUUGUUUGUAUGAUAGGAGUUCCUUUGGCAAUUUAUAGCGACAAGCAGGCAUAUGAAUUCUCUUUUUACGUUAUCACCACUUCCAUCGUCUUCUGUACCACUCUGACGUUAUGCCUCGUCUUUGUCCCAAAGAUAAGGAUAAUGAGGAAGGGAAAUUGUGAAGAUGCAGUUGAAAGAUUCCCAACAAAUGGCAUAAAAUACGAAACCAAAAACCUAAAUAAUUUUCGUGAAAGUUUGAGUAAUGCGGAACUUCAAAGGGAGGUCAAACGACUCCGAGAAUUGAUAGCAAAGUCAGAGAUGGAGCGAGAAACGAGGGCAUCCAAGGCGUCUCAGCAUUUGGCUCCCAAGCCAAGUUGUAUGGUCUGAACAUGAUCGACCUAAAUGUUGCUGUUGUCACACCAAUAAGUGGAUGCUUUGUUAAGGGUAUAGGACAUGAACAGAAAUAAUUGUCGAUUAGUUACGAGUGUAAUAUAUCGAGAUGUGCUGCAUCCAACAUCAAUUUAACUUGGGAACAGUUUGGAGGACGGUUACCCGGCUGAAUGUGCGUAUACGUUUGCGAAGACCGUUAUAAUAAGUUAACCCAGUAUGGUGCUGAGCUCCUUGCUCUGAACUGGUAAUGUUUAAUGACUAUACAAUCGAAAUAUCGUUAGAAUCGGCGAUUUUUUUGUGACCUUUCAGAAUGUGACGUUAUUCAACGACGCUCUCAAUUAAACAGAUAGACUGUGAAAAAGGCAGAUUUUUUAUUACAAUUCACACGCAUGAGUCUUAGACAUUUCGUUUAGUUGUUUUAAUUUUUUUAAAAUCAAGGUCACAUUUCAAGAAAUUGAAGCGAAUGUUUAUCUUCAUUAAAAUACAAUGACACUUAGCAGAUCCGAUUUUCAGAGCCGAUGUUAGUGAGGGAAUAAUUCGCGCUGAGGAAGACGCGAUCUGAUUGGCCAAAGAGAAUCUUUUUUUAUCACACAGAUUAGGAUGUUGUAAAUUACUGAGCCACUUUUUCUCAAAAUGGCCUCUACGGCAUUUCUUGAAUCGAUACGGAAAAUUACAUAGGAGAGAGUGCAGUUGCUUCAAUGUGUAACCCGAGAAAAGGUAUAAGGAAAAUUAUUCGCUCAAGGCAAGAAAAAACAUUUUCUUAGCCGUUGGAGAGUGAUUGUUAAUUACUUUUUGUUUUUUUUUGUGGUGACAGCAGAAGCAAUUCAAAAUCGACUGAAAGCUAUAAGGAUCUGAACUUUAAUUAGCCUUAAGAGAACUUUUGGAAUAUUGAUGAGGCUGUCCUUCGUUAUCCUUGAAGUUUUAUUUUAGAAAAAGUUUCAAAAGAAAAUAUGUUAGUGAUGUAGGUUCAUAA